ACACACUUAUGACUUAACUUGUAGGGUUUGAACCCGAGACGUCUCAUACUCCUAUCAGACAACAGAGUUAGUUUCGCAAACUAGAGUGUGAUUAUUUGCUUAAGGUUUAAGCAAAAAAUAAAUCACCAAAAUCAGAGGCUAAAGAGAGAGCUCCAAAAGUGUCUUACUUUUUUCUCAUCUCGCCUCCAAAAUUCUUCCUUUUUCUUUUCCUUUUCCAAUUUCGAUCAAACGUAGUUUUGGGUUUAAGGAAAGUUCGAAUUGUGUUAUCCGAAGUUUUGGUUUGGAAACAUCUCCCUAACACACGCAGCAAACACCUUCGUUGUUUACGGAGACAGUCACUUUUUGUAUAUAUGGAUUCGAAUCAAUCGAUGCGGCUCCUGAGUUCUUGGAUUGGUCAAAUUGGUGAUCUUGGUCUUAAUUUGCUGUGGCGUUUCAUACACAUUGUUGUGAGCUUGUGGUACAUUGUAUCUGGCAUAUCUGAGGCGAUCGAAAGCUAUGCCAUAUCGUUAGGAUUGAAUAAAAAGUACAGUUCCAUCGAUCUUGAGAAACUCCGGUGUCUAGCUGUUGUAGUGGACAUCGAAGCAGUUCAAGAUGUUGCCAAGGUUGUUGAGCUUUUGCAAUGGCUAACAACCAUUGGGGUGAAACAAGUUGGUCUUUUUGACUCGCAAGGUUUACUGAAGAAAUCCAAGGAUUUGAUCCUUGAAACCGUUCCAGGUUCGAUGUUGUUAGAGGAGAUUGGAAAAGAUUUUUCGCCUGACGGAAAGCGCAUUGCAUUAGAAUUUAUUUCAUCUUCCGACAAUAAAGAAGCUGUUAUGAAAGCAGCCAACAUACUUCUUCAGAGAUACUUGAAAUCCAGCCAUCCCGAGAACGAUCAAGGGGAAAACUUUUUUACAGAGUCUCAUUUGAAUGAAGCAUUAGGAGUUGUUGGUGAGAAUGUACACGUGCCCGAUCUGUUACUGGUUUAUGGACCUAUAAGGAGCCACCUUGGUUUCCCUGCUUGGAGACUUCGAUACACUGAGAUAGUACAUAUGGGAACUUUGAAGUAUAUGAGAUAUGGUUCCCUUUUGAAGGCAAUUCACAAGUUCACAGGUGUACACCAAAACUAUGGAACUUAACGGUGACUAGUGAGCAGAGUUUCAGAGAUCGAUUUUUUGGUUUGUGAUUUCACAUAUUUGUAAUGAAUUCUAAAGGAAACCUAUAUUGGAGAGCUUUUGCUUCAGUGCAGCCACGACUGUUCCCAAUUUGUUCACAUUGUGUUCCGACAAUUCUAUGUACCAAAGCAACUUAUGCCUUGCCAUUGUAUAGGAUUUAAGUACUCAACUGAAUAGUAAGUAACAAGCUGGACCUAACCAAUCCGGUUUUCCAUACA